CAGGUAAGUCUGCAGUUUAUUUUUUAAUUCGUUUAUAAUUUGCUGUGAUACGUACAGCGUCCGAGAGUUACAUGUUAAAAUAACGGGAGACGACAGAUGCACAGUAUUCUCGUUCAUCGUCCGUUGUCGCAAUAGUUCCGGAACUAUUUAUAAAGGAAGGCCAGCGAGUUCUUUUAUUUUUUGGCCCCACAUAUAGACCGCGUCUUGCGUCAUGUGUUUUCGACGUUUGACUUCCCAUGCUGUUUUACGUUAUGUUCUUGUGUCUUUUUCUAACUUCGUUCACGGCCCAUUUGGUUCAUGCCUAGCAGUUAAAGUUAGGUUAUGACGCAACGGGUGUCCAAUAGAGAAUAAUUAUUGCCUCGAGUAAGUGUUAGUAAAGCGUGAAGGAGAGGUGGACCAGAGAUCCUCUGGCGUCGGAUGGGCGUCACCGCUAACAGAAGAUAGCAUCUAUUUUUCUGCGUAUUGCGUCGGCGCUCAUUUCAGAUCGGCGUCGUACUCGGGACACCGGAGACGGUAGGAAAGCUGCAAAGUCAGUUACCAGCAUCGUUCGUCAGCAGAAAGGCGCCAUCUAAUGCCAAUGGUUUCGCAUUUUACUGAGACACUAGUUCCCCUGUUUCAGCGAAAGUGCAGUAGCCAGUGCAAAUUCUGCCUUUGACGAGACGAGGUGAAUUUUAUGUUGCGAUGGAUUGAAUUAUUUUACAAUAAGUAACAUUGUGGAAGGUACCUAGUGGCAAGAUCGGCUGUGAACUUAUCUAUCAAUGAUACACUAGUGUAGUGAAUAUUCCUGUGUAUAUCCGAGUAGGACAUACUGAGGCGGAACAAUUUCUGUCUCAAAAUUUAUCGGACAGAAACAGUGAUGUGAUUAUUACGAGCUGUAUUUAUUUUAAUUUCAUUUAGCGUCACUUUUGUGAUUGACAGUAGGGAUAAAAAUAGCACAAACUGGUUCAGACAAAUUUUAAUUCGGCAGAACCUUGACAAAAUACUUUUCUUUUGUUCGUUUUUUAAAUAUUGUUUUGAAAAGAAAUAGUUCCGUAAGGCAUCAGUUCCAUUUUUAUUUGUGUUGUACUCUGUAUAACAAAACGAAUUAGAAGAGUUACGUACCUUUGGCAGAGGGAAAGUUACAUUUGCCUAAGAGUUGGGCAGAGAUUGCCAGCCAUUUGGUCAUAUUAUAGUAAAAGAACCUGAAUACUGAGAGAGAUACAGAGAUUUAACAAAGCAUUUUCUUUAAUUUUGUAUCAGUGCUACGCUCCUGGUUUCUCAUAAGAACAUAUUAUUAUUUAAAAUUGUCAUACAAUGGCAUCGCACAACUCAAGUGACAACCAGUCCACUCCAUUUAUGACAUUGUAUGUACGUGCUGGACGUGAUGGUCGAUCUUUGGGAGCGUGCCCAGAUAGUCAGCGUUCCAUCUUCUUGGCUGAACUUAAAUCUCUUUCUGGUGACACCGAGCCACCUCUCAAGUACCGCAUCAUUCCCGUAUGUCCUUCUCGACCUCCUCCGGAGUUCACAUGCCUCGGAGAAGGUGGAGCAAGACUUCGCCUUCCUGCUGCAAAGUUGGAUGCCGGGCCAUGGGGUCCGGAGUCAGUUGUUGACAGCGCAGAUGACAUUACAGCUCUUCUCGAGAAAUACUUCCCAGGUGGUGUUGCAAAAGCUGCUACACCUGAGCUGGAGGCUGCUGCGGAGCUAGCGACCAGGGACAUGUUCUCCCGCUUCUGCUACUUGGUUCGCGGCGUGGUGCGCGACACGUCACAGCUGGAGGCGGAGCUGCGUAAGGCGGACGCGCACCUCCUGGGGCUGCGGGGGCCAUUCCUAACGGGUGCCGCGCCCACCCUGCUGGAUGUCGAGGUGCUGCCCAAGCUGCAUCAGGCGCGCGUCGCCGCACACACCAUCAGGGGUUACGAAAUCCCGGCUGAGCUGACCGGACUGUGGCGCUGGCUGCACGCGGCGUACUCGCUCCCAGCUUUUGUCGCGUCGUGCCCGUGUGACGCGGAAAUCACACUGCACUGGCUGGACGCGCUGGGCGAGUCCACGGCGAGCCCGGAGCGUCGCCGCCAGAUGCGGGCCCUGUACGAGGGCGGCCCGCGCUUUUCGCUCACUGUUCCCGUCCGCGCCACACCUGUUGUCAUAGAGUAGAGGGCGACAGUUCUCCGGUGUCGUCUGCUGUUACUGUGACGGUUAUUAAAGAAUUCACUGUGUGUGCCUGAGAGAAAAUAGACGUGGGUAAAAAAAAGAAAGAUUAGGUACAAAGUUCAUCUGUCACAGAAGGCUUAUCAAUUUUUAAAACCUAAGCUGAUAAAUAUUUAAUUGGGCACUACAUUAAUUUCUGUAUAAACAAUCACUGAACGCAUUAAGGGAGUGGCUGUGGUGGUCUAAUUUCUGCCCAUAGAAGCCCCAGGUUCAGUCCGACAUAGGGAGGAGAAAUUUUCCUCGUUCCACUCCACUACGGCCUCAGGUCUACUUAACCGUCCGUGGGUAGAUCUGAGUUGUGUAUACCUUUAGAGUCCCAAAAAUCUGUCAGACCGUCUUUGACUAAGUUUUUUAUGAUUUCAUCACGAGUUUGAAUUUUAAAUGUUGUGACUAAGAUUGUGAUAAUAUUUUCAUUCUUUUUGCUUACAAACAUUGUCAGCACAUAUUUCAUUUAAAGAAUACACCCAUCAUUGCUGUAUUUAUUGAAAUCACGAUUUUUGCCCGCAUUUGGCUGAAAAAAGCCUUGUAACACUUUCAGGUGGAUGGGAAAAUGUACACUGAACGCAUUAAGGGAGUGGCUGUGGUGGUCUAAUUUCUGCCCAUAGAAGCCCCAGGUUCAGUCCGACAUAGGGAGGAGAAAUUUUCCUCGUUCCACUCCACUACGGCCUCAGGUCUACUUAACCGACUAUCAGACGAGUGCUCGAUGGUCUUUCCUGGGGAUGAAAGGAUGUGGGCUGCCACCCUCCGUCGUAGUGCCACGGAGAUAGGCUUUACUCUACCUACAGUCGGGCUAAUAGCCUCAUUCUCAGCUUACGCCGUAGUCUUUUUUUAGCACAUCGAGAGAACAAAAAAAUAUACUUUGCACACUUGACAGUGGGCCAAAGCCAAAAUAAUUCAGUAAUAGUAAAUAGACGUACUCUUAGCCAUAAAUUUAAUUGAGGUGCAUGAUGAAAAUGCCUUCCCCCUUUUUGUUUUCUUCUGUGGGACUCAAAAUGCAAAAACUAAUGAGAAGCCAGUAUUUAAAACUCGUACUGUGUGGAAGCAGGUUUGGCACUGUUAGUAGAUAAUCUGUGCCUACUCAGGCAUUUCUUGUUUAAUACAAAUUGGGCAAUACCCCUGAUCAUUGCACAUUCAGUGAUGACUGCCACAUUUUUACCAACUGGUUACCAUCGUGCAGUGUGAGAUCGGUGGAAGCACAGUGUCUUAAGAAACUACUUAAUUGUAUGUAACUGUACAACAGUUGGCAACCACACCUAGCCUGGUAUUCAGCUCUUACAUUGCCCAGGUUUAUACAUUAUGGUGUCAGAUGCGGUGCUGCUUUGGUGACGUGUCAAACACUCGUAGCCUGUUGACACUAGAAGUCCUUUCGCUCACGAUUUUGCCUGCUGUUGGAUACUGUAAGCAGCAGGGCAAGCUGGGGGUAUGCUUUCACUGAACGUUGGUGUUCCUAAUCAGAAUAUUAGUACAUACUGGGGGAGUAAUACUCAGACUCAUUUAUCGAAGACUCGUGGACUUACCACUCAGUUUCCCUUAAUUCUUAGAGGUCUAGCCACACGGAACCAUUUCAGGUCCAGAAAGCCUGCCAUUUAUGCCAUUAUUUAAAGUGUUACUGGCACAUCUUUGGUCGAGAUAUCGUAAAGGACAGUAUACAAGCUCUGAGCUGUACUGUCUAUUUUUAUUUUUAGUUCUGUGCUUAUUUACAAUAAUUAUGAUAGAAAGUAUAAUAAUCCUUAAGAAAAAUUGUUAGUUGAGUUCCUGAGAAAUUUUGAACGUAUUUGGCUUUUGUAUAGAAAAUUGUAGUAGCAUUUUGACACUGUACAGUGCAAUGAGUGUCAAUGCAGUGUACUAAGAGCAAGCUCUAAUUAUGGUGUUCUACACGUCUUUCAUGGACAGUACGAGCCGUCUGCUCGACAUACGAAAGAUGACACUCGCAGGGGAUCUCGUGAAGCUGAACCUUGCAAAACAUUGAGGUGUCAUUGACAAAACCCAAAAGUGCUGCUGUCAUCACUGGAGGAUGAAAAACGACGUUCACUUUGUUCUCAAUAAGGUCCCGACCUCCUGUUUUUGAUGAGAAACUUCCCACGUGUGACAGGAAACCCACAGUUUUACAUUCUUCUCCAUCUUUUCCCUCAUCCCACCUCAGGCUCUAUUUGUAGUGCCUUACGUAUCUAUUGUGUAGACUACUUGUUUGCUUCAAAAACUUCCUAUAAGUGUAGAACCUUGUCCUGCCAAUCUGUCCCUAAUCUGGGAAGGGUGGUGCCAGACAUUUGCACGUAAAACAUAAGUCUGUACGAGUCAUGUUUUGAUAAGCUGCGUGCCCCUAUUGUACCAUUACCUUUUAGGUGAACUAAAACAUCCUAAAAUGGAAGGCAUUCCUCCUUUUUGAUUUACAUUUUAAACUUAAUUUUUUGUGGAUGGAAUUUAGACAGUUUUAAAAUUCAUGUAAUUUAUCUUCACCACAGGGCCACAUGACAACUGUGCUAUUGACAUACUCUUCCGGAAAAAGAAAUUAGUACGCCCUUUCAGAUAUCUCCAAUUCACUUGAGAUUUAUUGUUGCAGCAGUUCACCUGAGAUGAUUAGAUUUACAGAUCAAUAGCACGAGUGGUUCUGAGGUCCCAGGUAUCGAACCACGCUGAAACACCCACGUCAGUAUGUGGUGUAGCUUCCACGGACAACAACACAGGCGCUGACUCUGGUGCCCAGUAGGUAGUACAGAUGGUGAGUACUGUCCUGGGACAUGUUACGCCUCGCCUACUCAAUGUGUUCACGUAGUUGUCAGUUGACGAGUCACACGAGUCAGUUCUCAUCCCACUCGUGCUCGAUUGGAGACAGGUCUGGAGAUUUUGUUGCCCAGGGAAGUUGCUGCUUGUCUUGCAGAGCACAUUGAGUUUCACAGGCAGUGUGUGGGCGGACAUUAUCCUGUUGGAACAACACAUCACCUUCCUGUUUCAAGAACAGCAAAAGAAUGAAAAGAAUGGGUCUAAUAAUAUUCUGCAUGUACCAAGUGCUGCGUAGCCUCCAGACUUACUUUACUGUUUUGUGUCCGGAAACUACAAUUUUUUUGCCCAGUAUUUGGCAAUGUCCAAUGCUUCUUCUUUAGCCAGCCGUAAUUCGUCGAGGGUGCAUCUGUGGGAGCAGGCAGGGCAUUGUAGGAGGUGUUCCAUGUCCUGUCGAGUGCCACAGUCCCAUUUGUUGUCAUUUUCGUCCAACAAACCCCAUUUGAUCAGAUUAGAUUUCACAGGAUCCGCGACAGUUCUGAUGCGGUUAAGCAUUCUCCAUGUUUUCCAAUCACCAGAAAUGCCGCUUCGUGGGUCCUCUCUUAGUGGAUAGUAGAUGCGAGGCUCAUCUAAGGCGCAACUUAGGAAACGGCAUCUGGAUUUGAGCCUUCUGGGGCCAAACUCUACGCCAAAUAUUGAGUGACGGGCAUCAAAGGUUUUUUUUAGCAUUUCGGUAUGUUCGUGGCCUUUCCUACAUGAGUCAGGGUUUGUGAAACCUGCGGCCCUGUGAAGAUUUUCUAUGGGGGUUGAUUUCGUGAAGCCUGUCACUAUCCUGCAUGUUUCAUUCAAGCUAAUAUCUACCUUUUUGCAUUGGCGGAUCUGCACCAUACCGGGCAGGCAUAUUCGGCAGUUGAGAAGCACAAAGCUUGGACUGAAGUUCUGACGACAGUAGGUUUGGCACCCCAUUUGCUAUUGGACAGCUUUCUUAUCAGGGAAUUUCGUGCUUCUACUUUUUUACGUGUUUUUUCGCAAUGAUAUUUAUAUCUCAGUGUUCUGCCCAGCACGGUGCCAAGGUAGGUGGGAGUAUCUGUGUGUUCUAGUAAUGUCCCAUUCCAGGUAACAUUGAGCCUGUACUUUGCCUGCCUCGAGUUGAGAUGGAAUGCACUCACUUGAGUAGCCUCCUGAAAUGAGGUGAACGAGAGUUGUAGCUCAGCGCACCCCACGCCGUAAAGUGUAUAUAGGGGCCAGUGUGCCUCAAAUGCAAACACUCUACGAGAUAGUGCUUACGAGGUCUAAGCUGCAUGUAGAAUCUGCUUUCGUAGCUGAAAACCACAGCACACCAUUCCACCUUCCAAGUUAUCCUCUGACGGCACUAGUCGAGUCGCGCACUUUGAUGCUGUCACGUGAGUAGGAGACGGGUUAGAGGUGUGCGUGCCCGCAGUCCCAGUGGUAAUAACUGAUUCGCAACACUUCGUGUUGAACACUUGCACUCACGAGCACCCUGGGUUGUACGUAUAUGCCCUGCUACCCCCUGGAGUUUGCUUUCGUCGCCUCCUUCGGCACCUCGAUUUUUCACUCCCUGCAACCUUUAGAGGGGGCGCGAGCCGAACGCCACCUCGGCUCCGGGCUCAGGUUUGCGUUCACCUCGACCUCAGCUCGCUCCCGAAGGAGGUUACCCCAGCUUCGGUGUACUGCUCGCGGUUUGUCGAACUUUGUUCGAAGUUCGUUAAUCCGAUCUUCAUUUAUACAGAUAGCUCUAAGACCGAUGACGGUGUUGGGUGUUCUUUUAUUGUCGGGACACACAGUUUCAAAUACUGGCUCUGUGGCCAUUGUUCGGUCUUCACAGCUGAGCUAUUUGUCCUCUAUCGGGCUGUUCUGUACAUCCGCCUCCAGCGACAUUCUGCUUGUGUCGUCUGCUCCGAUUCCCUGUGCGCCAUCCGGAGCCUCUGUGAUCCAUAUGCGGUUCACCCUUUCGUGCACUGGAUCCGACGAUCUCUUCGGCAGCUAGCAGACGACGGUUCUCCAGUUACCUUUAUGUGGUUUCCCGGACGUAUCGGUAUAUCCCCGGGAACGGAGCUGCAGAUGCCGCGACCGAGGCUGCUGCCCUCCGGCCUCGGACAGCUUCUUGUUGUGUGCCUUCGCCUGAGUUUAGCGGGAUCAUUUGUCAGCGCAUUUUAUCGCUGUGGCAUGCCGACUGGUCUAUACUUCCUGAAAACGAGCUUUGGGCCUCGAAACCUCUUCCCAUGGCUUGGACCUCUUCGCGCCCUUCUCGACGGGAGAAGGUCGUUUUGGCCCGGUUAAGGAUCGGACACUGCCAGUUCGGCCACACCUGCGGCUGUACCGGCGCCGUUCUGCCCGUGUGGGCAAUUGAUGACAGUAUGCCACAUUUUAACAUCCUGUUCAAAUUUUAAUAUACUGCGCGCUGAUCUCGGCCUGCCGUGUUCUCUGGAUGAAAUUUUAGCAGAUGACCCAGGAGCGGCAGCUCACAUUUUUCGUUUCAUCCACUUGACAAACCUGUCUAAGGACAUUUGAUUAUACUGUUUUCUUUUGCUCCCUUGCCUGUGAAUGUGCUUUUUAUAGUGUUGUCCUUUUUAGUUGCUGUUUUAACAUUGUGCCUCGCAGUGCACCUACAAUUUAGUCUAGAUGCUAAUGACCACUUUAGUUGUGCGCCCAAAAAAAAAACUUAAACAAAAAAAAGAACAAGCAUCCUUAUCUGUGCUAUGGUAGUUGUACAAUAUGCCACUGCUGCCUUUACAAUACAGUGAUUCUUGUGGACAUCUGUGGUGUGUGGAUGUCCAGAAUCACAUCUACGGGCAUGAGACUGUUCAUUUCACCACUGAUACCAGCAUUGUAGCACAACUGAUGCAGCACGUCCAACUUGUGUGGCAAUUCUCCAAAAGGAUCGGCCCCCACUCGGAUGGUCACAAUUUGAUCCCUUUCUAACACUCUCAGGUGGAUGUAGGAAGCAUGAGUGCAUCUUCUUGACACAGUUAACUUCUUGCUUCACAUGUUUGCACCACACUGAGCCUUCUCCUAUUAAAUGGUAGAAACAGAUGGUGCUCUGGAAGGUAUGCCACUAUAGUGUCUGUUGGCGGAUGGCGGCAUCAGUCAAGAAGAUGUUUAAAAAUCAAAUUUUUGGGCCAAAUAGUUUUUGUUAAAUCGAAUGUAAGUGUGUCAAAGCAGCCGGAACACCAUGUGUCUGCACAGGUGAGCAGUGCAGUGAUGACAAAAUCACGCAGAGUGCGGGAUGUGCGGAGCACGUCUCUGUAGCAGCGAAAGGGUUAAUGAAGAGAUAAAGCACUAGAAAUUUCAAAAAAUUACAUUGAAACGAUUAAAAUUCAUGAAGUAAGACACCUCAAUAUUGUUUUUAAAUAAAGAAAAUACUAAGCACCUCACAAGGUUUGAACUCAUAACUUUUCGCUUAGCAGCCCAACACCUUAACCAUUAUGCUAACGCAGCUCGUCAGUUAACAAAAGUCCUUGAAGACUCUAAAACGCAAAAUACUGACAAACACUGUUGAUAUAACUAUGAAUUACUCACGCUUUGUCGAAGUAUAAUAGGAAAUAAACAAUUACUGCUGUUCUUUAUUGCGAAAAAGCGGUUCGUGAGAUUGAUACAAACACCUUUCCUUGCUAUCGCCUGAAUUAGGAGGCUUAUUUCUUGUUUGGUUUAAUUAAUUAAUAGAAUAUGAAGCAAUUGGUAUAAAGAAUGGUUUUUCUGAACUUUCUAUAAAAGAAUGUCUGCUAUCAAGACAUUGCUUUUGUUCAAUUACUUUAUUUGUGACUGAACGUUUCUAAAACUGAAGACGCUCAUCCGUGUUCUGCACUGCAGUCGAGUUCUGGCAACACUGUUCUCUGUUCAGUGACUUACUGUGUUUUGUGACGUCAGAUGCGCAGAACGAACCUAAUCUCGGCCACCAUCAUAAAUGAUGCACACUAUAGUAUCGUGCUACAAAUCUAGAAACGUACAGUUCAAUCACAAGUUGAUUCUAGGAAUUUUUCACUGACGUGUAUCGGUCUUUCACCAUAGGUACUGCUUUGUGUGUGUUAUAUAAAUAUUUGUAUGAUGCCCUAUCUUCUGCUUAUUUAUGUUGGACAUUGUACUCUCAGCCAAAGCUGUUGCCUGUGUUUCAUCUUAGUCAUUUACACAGACUGACUUACUGAUCGCAGUCCGGUUUAUGUGAAAAGAAACACUUAUUUAAAUCCCCGCCUAAUGUUGAUUUGCAUGAACAAAUUAUGGAGACUGUGAUGUGUUCUGCCUCCCCUCCCCCCUUGCUUCCUCCCCCCCUCUUCCCUUUCUCCAUCUUUGCAGCAAGGGGACCUGAUUACUUUUGAGAUAAUUUUGUUCCUCUCGUCUGACUGUGCCGAGCUGUUCUGUUGGUGCACCUGUUUGUGGAUGUGUUUCUUGAGACCUUGAUAUUUUGUAGAUCCGAUUUAAUUCUGGACACAAUGGUGCCCCUCGGGGAACGGUGCAGCGCCAGCCAAUUGACUGAGGAAUUUGGCAAUUGUCCUAAACUUCCUUCCAAAAUACUCUGAAGGGCAUGUGCAUUCACCUGCGUGCUGGGAGCAAGUAACUUUUUCUUCUAGGCUGCGACAAUAGAUACUCUCUCUCUCUCUCUCUCUCUCUCUCUCUCUGUGUGUGUGUGUGUGUGUGUGUGUGUGUGUGUGUGUGUGUGUCAAGUAUUCCACUCAAGAUUUCAGCAAUAGUGUCACGUCUGGUUUCAUAGCUGUAUUCGUAACUAACGUUAGCAGUGACCACAAAGCAAAAAAUACCAUUUGAUAUCGAUAGAUACAGAUGUAGCCUAAAGAACCAACAAUAGCCCACUUAUCACAUUAAUGGCGAGAUGUCUGUCUCUGUUACUUUCUUAAUGAAUUGUGAAUUCACACGUGACAUUUCUGUUAUCGUGGCCCUUGCCCCUUUGACAUUAAUAUCUUGUGGCACAACUGUAGCACUAAUUUUUAUCUGCAUCUGUGGCCACAUGUGUACUCUGUAAGCCACCGUAUAGUGUGUGACGGAGGGUACCUUUUACCAGAACUAGUCAUUUACUUCCUGUCCCACCCAAAAACUGAUGGAAAAAUGAUUGUCCAUGUGCCUCCAUAGGAGCCCUGGUUUGUCUCCUCUUGUCCUUUGCUGUCCUCACAUGUAAUGUAUCUUGGCGGCAGUAGAAUUGUUAUGCAGUCAGUUGCAAAUGUUAGUGUAUAUAUAUAAAAUAGAGGGGAAACAUUCCACGUGGCAAAAAUAUAUCUAAAAACAAAGAUGAUGUGACUUACCAAUCAAAAGCCCUGGCAGGUCAAUAGACACACAAACAAACACAAACAUACACACAAAAUUCGAGCUUUCGCAACCGGUGGUUGCUUCGUCAGAAAAGAGGGAAGGAGAGGGAAAGACGAAAGGAUGUGGGUUUUAAGGGAGAGGGUAAGGAGUCAUUCCAAUCCCGGGAGAGGAAAGACUUACCUUAGGGAGAAAAAAGGAUAGGUAUACACUCGCGCGCGCACACACACACACACACAUAUCCAUCUGCACAUACACAUACACAGACACAAGCAGACAUUUUCUACCUUGUGUCUGUGUAUGUGCGGAUGGAUAUCCGAAUUUUGUGUGUCUAUCGACCUGCCAGCACUUUUGUUUGGUAAGUCAUAUAUAUAAUAGAAAGAAACUUCCACAUGGGAAAAAUAUGUUAAAAACAAAGAUUCCAAGACUUACCAAGCGGGAAAGUGCCGGCAGACAGGCACAUGAACAAAACACACAAACACACACACAGAAUUACUAGCUUUCGUUCGCAACCGAUGGUUGCUUCUUCAGGAAGGAGAGGGAAAGACGAAAGGAUGUGGGUUUUAAGGGAGAGGGUAAGGAGUCAUUCCAAUCCCGGGAGCGGAAAGACUUCCCUUAGGGGAAAAAAAGACAGGUGUACACUCGCACACGCACACACACACACACACACACACACACACACACACACACACACACACACAUCCAUCCGCACAUACACAGACACAAGCCUUGGCUUACCCUCUCCCUUAAAACCCACAUCCUUUCGUCUUUCCCUCUCCUUCCUGAAGAAGCAACCAUCCCUUAUUACCUGUUUUAUAGAUUCUUAUUUUUGUUUUGUCCUGCUGUACAUUAGCUUUAAGGAAGAAAAGUAUAUCUCAUCUGCUCCCUUGUGUUAUGUUUAAAAUUUACAGCUGCAACCAGACACUUGACAUUAUGAGUUAGAAAUUUUCUUCAGACAGGUCUCCAUCCUUUCUUCCCCUUUCCCUUUAUACAGUGCUAGCACAUUUUCCAUUUACUGGUGUGGGAUCACUGACCCAGAUUGUCUUGCCCGGUAUGUCAGUGUUGCAUUGGACCUGGGACAUGGUCAUUUCUGCCACACUUUUCUGCUCUGAGACAAUAUCUUUAGCAAAACCCAUCCAUUUGCCUGACUUUUUUUAGAGAAACUACACAAAAAUACUGUGGUGUAGCAUUUUUUUUUUUUUUUCCAGAUUUGAGUUGCUGUUAGAUACGUGUAACAGUAGUUUUACCAUUGCUUCUCAUGUUGCUCAUUUGAAUUCCCAUUGCCAAUACUGUAUUUACUGCUCUAAAUUUAUUUUUUUAAAAGUUAUUUCCUGUACACCACUUUUCAAGAAUAAAUAUUUGACCCCAGUUGUAGUUUAACAUGUAGUGUUUCCUCUGUGCUUCAGAUACAUUGAGAGCUUGUACUUAUCUAAUGUGUUGUAGCUUCAGGCUUCAACACCAUUCUCAUUCUGAAAAGUCCCUCUAGCUUCCUUUAGAAAGUUCUCAGGAAGUCUAAGCAUCUCCAAUGUAUGCAGACUUUGUGAGGUAUGCGUAAGGUAAACUGUGGCACAUGUCCGGAAUUUGACACAGGUAUUUUAUUGUACACAAAUGAAACUGCAUUUGGCUCUCAUUUAAAACCUUGCACACUAAAAGUAAGAUGUACAGAUGGACAUCUUUAUAUCUUUCACGAUGUUCCUGAAAGGUACCAUUUUAAUACACAUGAAGAGCUUGAAAUUUUUACGAAUUUAAAAGCAAUACCCACACCAGUUUCUGAAAAGAAAAAGCAAUUUUUAUAACAAAGCCUUUUUCCAAGUAUUUUCUGAUCUCUUAUGCUGUAGCUUCUGCCAGUGUUCUGCAUUUUCCUCUGUCGGAAUUUCUUAUUCUGCCGGCUCACACUCGUUUAAUUGUAAUUAAAUUAAACAACUGUUCAUUCUGGCUGUUUAGUGUAACUACAGUUGCGAUUGCCAGCUACCAGUUUACUACUUGUGGAUAACAUCUGCAAAUGGCCGUCAUCUAUCCUUCUUCUAUAAUAGUGUACACCUGGUGUAUCUAGACUAGUAGUCAUGUAAUGUUUUACUAGUUUUCACCUUUAGAAUGCUUCCUCUCCCAAUGUUUUUUUAUAUUGUGAAUAUUUUUUACCUUAGAUUUAUGGUUUGAUUUAUGAACUUUAUACCAUUACAUAAUCAGCUGUAGGCUAGAGUUUCAACAAUCAGAGUGCAGGCACAUUAACAUAAUGGAUACUUCUCUGGGCCUUUCACUGAGUGAUAUGGUGCAGUGAUGACCAAAUCGACUCACGUUCAGGAGAAGGCAGUUCAAACCACUGUAUAGCUGUCCAGAUUUAGGUUUCCCAUGAUUUUCCUAAACGGAUCCAGGCAAAUGCCAGAUGGUUCCUUCAAAAAGGCACAGCUGAUUUUUGUUCCCCAUGUUUGAAACAAGUUGACCUUGUACUCCAUCCCUAAUGAGCUCUAUGUCGACGGGACAUGUAAAAGUUAAUUUGAUUUGAAAUUUGGUUACACACACACUUUCACUUCUGUUUUGAACAGAUCAGCUACUGAAGCCCUUGCUAAUAAGUUGAAACCAGUAAUGGCGCCUUUUUUGUGACCUGAUGUUGAAAUAUACAAUGUAAAUAAUGAGUAUCAGUGUCAACAACUUUGUGAUAAUACACUGCAAAAUUGUGACAGAGAAAAUGUGACAGUCAUCUAUUUACAAGUAGAAAGGCAUUGCAACAAUUUUUAUUCUGAGUUUAGGAAUAAAUCUUGUCAGUGAAUAUAUUGUAAAACAUGUGAGAAUUGUGCUGCAUAUUGAAUCUCCUCAAUUACAUCUUCAUUUUAUAAUAUAUGAACCUUAAUUGCACAAAAAUGCUGUACAAAGUGUUUUCGUUGAAGAUAACACGUUAACGAUAGCGUACAAAUUUAUGAAGAGAUCUGACAAAGAUUUUUUUUUCUAUCAUUUAUCAGAUUUUAAACCUAGGCAACUUGUAUUGUAGAAUAUAUUUAACUCAAUUUUGACUUCCACGUAAAGAAAAUUUUUUACCUGUUUUAUUCAAGUCAAUUUACAACUUUGAACCAAAUUUUUUUUCUUGCCACAUUGUACAUUAUAUAUGUAAUAUUACACAAUUUCUAAUCCAAAGAUAUAUCACUUUGAUAGUGGGCUACAACUAAAAUUGAAUAAUGUAACAAUAGCUCUCAUUGUUUUCUUCCAUUGUAACCAAAGAUAAUAUUACUAUGUGUAUUAUUUCCGUUUAAUUGUGCAUAAUAGCCAGCCUGUUUAAAAAGCCAAAGAUCAGUUGCAUUUUAAGGAAUCGUAAAAAGAAGUGAAUCUGUAGCUGCGUCUUUGGUAUUAUAUUCAGACAAACUGAAGUACACUUUCGCUUCUUAACACAUAAUCUGUAAUUUUAAGAACUGUAUUAUCAACAAGAGUGAUUCUGUAGUAACCAAAGAUUUGUACAAUCGCUUGAUAAUUUGCCGAAUUAUAUUCUUAAGCAAUUAUUUAAAUCUAUUUUGUGUAAUGGAGUCAAAGAAAAAGUAUGAACUGUAACAGAGGAUCAUUAUAUAUUUUCUGUAUUUUUUUUAGAUAUACAGAUGUUUAUUUUUAUUGAAAUAUUUACUGUACAGGCAUGAUGUACACUAUUUUUAUAAUUAACAAUGUUCUCUUUGUUUGGAGAUGCUUAUCUACACACACUGCGUUUGUUUCUCUGACAAUGACCAAGUUAUGUGGUCCAUACACUGUAACAAAUAAAGCAGCUUUAAACAAUA